UGUUAUUAUGAUCACGUUGAAACUCGUGUUUGUGUGUAUUUGUCUGCACGGCAGCACAAGUGUCGACAGGUUGGUGAAAUGGGGAUUAGGCUUGUGAAAUGCGGUGGAAGGUAUUCGGAGCCUAGUGGCAGGGAGGCAGUGUUUUGGGCUGGGCCGACUGCAAAGCUGCAGGAGCAUAAUUACUAGUUCGGCAGGAAAAAUGGUUGUUAGGGAACAUCUGGAUGCUGGUCCACAUAUGGAGGGCAGCAGGUGUGUGGUGGACAACUUUACAGAGCUGCAUGAAGCAGGUGCCUUUGGUGGCUUCCCACUGUGAUCUCGGCACACCCACCGUGGAACCCCGUCUGACGUCCAUCGGGAGGUCUGCAGCAUCCUUUGAAGGUCUCAGGUGUGAUGUCGGUCCGCGGCGGGCUGAGAGAGAUGAAGACAUGUGCCACCAUGUUUCUGGCAGUUCUGCUGCUCCCCAGCAUUCAAGCAGUGUGUCCGGAUAAGGAGCCAGGACUGCAGCCAUGGAUGCCAGGACACAGUGAAGACCACCGCGUUACGAUCGGCUACGGCAGGAAGGUCCUCCUCACAACUUCAGCUACGGUCCACUCCAUUGAGAUUCUUAAUGGAGGGAAGCUGGUGAUUGCUGACACUAACCGGGCCAUACUGCUUCGAACAAAACACAUUCUGAUCGGGAACAAAGGGGAGCUGCACAUUGGAAGCCCAGACUGUCCUUAUAAAGGCAACCUCACCAUUUCCCUUUUUGGAAGAUUGGAUGACAGUGAUGAGGAACACAGCUACUUUGGGAGGAAGUACAUUGGCGUGGGGACAGGAGGGACACUAGAGAUCCACGGAAAGAAGAAGCUGUCAUGGACAUUCCUCAACAAGACCCUCCAGCCCGGAGAGAGCAACCAGAACAACUACCUGUUCCAGAGAAGCUGGGGGAGCCGAGGUAUCAUUAUCCACGCCAUCGACCCCAAGACUGGAGAGGUGCUGCACGAAGACAGGUUUGACACAUAUCGUAGUAAGGAUGAGAGUCGCCGCCUUGCAAAGUAUGUGGAUGGAGUGGAGGCGGGGCUCAUACUGGCCAUGGUGGUCAAUGACGAGGGCUCCAACAACUUGGAGGACUCUGCCAAGAAGAGCCUCUUCAGGCUGGGCAGCCGUCACAUCAACACUCUGGGAUUUCGGCAUCCCUGGACCUUUAUAGUGGCAAAAGGAGAUGCUUCUUCUGCUGUGGAGGGUCACGCUGUCUACCAAGGAACCAAAGCCUCCUCAGAGGCCCGGAGCUCUCGUGUUUUUCAGUCCAGUUUUGGGGACCAUUUCACCAUCACCAUCAGCAGCCAGUGGGUGCAAGAGGCAGAGUGGACAGAAUGGUUUGACAGGGAUGAUGAGAGGGGAUCUGGAGACUGGGAGAAAGUGUCUGACCUGCACGAGGCCUACCCAGACAGACUGUGCAGCAGUCCACUUGACAUCCAGGCUGAAACCCAUGAUGGCAUAGCAGCCAACCAAACCGGAGAUGUGAUCCACAAAAAUGACAAGGACUACGGCUUUGUCUGCCGCAAUCAGGACCAGGCUCAUGGCCUCUGUCGCAACUACAGGGUCCGCUUCCUCUGUGGAAAACUGGUUCGCCCGCAGGCCUCCAUCUCCAUCGACAUGUUGUCCAACAGCAGCAUCCUGGAGCUGGCCGACCAACCAGAGGGCUGGGGGCCCGGGGAUCGGGUAGUGGUGGCCAGUACCGACUACUCCAUGCACCAGGCCGAAGAGUUUACCCUGCUGCCCUGCCCUACCUGCACAUCCAACCAGGUCAAGGUCCAAGGUAAGGCCCAGUUCACCCACAUGGGAGAGGAAGUGGACGGGGUGGACAUGAGGGCGGAGGUGGGCCUGCUGAGCCGUAACAUCCUGCUCCGUGGAGAGAUGGAGCCCGGCUGCUAUGGCAACGAGGCCUGCAAAUUCUUCGACUUUGACACUUUCGGCGGACAUUUGAAGGUGGAGCGGGGCUUCAGGGCCGUUCAUAUAUCUGGGCUGGAGCUGCAGCACAUGGGCCAGCAGACCAUGGGACACUACCCGGUCCACUUCCAUAUGAACGGAGACGUGGACGCGAGGGGAGGCUACGACCCCCCCACCGCUGUCAGCGGCCUGUCCAUCCACCACUCCUUCUCCCGCUGCGUAACCAUCCACAGCUCCAACGGACUGCUGGUAAAGGAUGUGGUGGGCUAUGAUACGCUGGGUCACUGUUACUUCACGGAGGAUGGUCCAGAAGAGAGGAACACGUUCGACCACUGUCUGGGCCUGAUGGUGCGAGCCGGGACCCUGCUGCCUUCGGACAGAGACAGCAAAAUGUGCCGCGACAUCACUGACGGAGCCUAUCCAGGAUACGUGGCCAACCCACGGCAGGACUGCAGCGCCACUUCAACUUUCUGGAUCGCCAACCCCAAUAACAACCUCAUCAACUGUGCUGCUGCGGGCUCAGAGGAGACAGGUUUCUGGUUCAUCUUCCACCAUGUGCCCACGGGCCCCUCAGAGGGGCUGUACUCCCCCGGACACACUGAACACACACCUAUGGGCCAGUUCAUCAACAACAGAGCCCAUUCCAACUACAGGGCUGGAAUGAUCCUUGAUAACGGAGUAAAGACCACCCAGGCAAAUGACAAGGACAAGAGACCCUUCCUGUCUCUGAUUGGAGCCAGGUAUGGCCCCCACCAGGAUGCUGACCCUUUCAAACCCAGAGUCCCCGCUCUGAUCCACCAUUUCGUGGCCUAUAAGAACCAGGACCACGGAGCCUGGCUGAGAGGAGGGGAUGUCUGGCUGGACGACUGCCAAUUUGCUGAUAAUGGCAUUGGCCUCACUCUGGCGAGCGGAGGCACGUUUCCAGAUGAUGACGGCUCGCGUCAGCAGGUGAAGAACUCGCUGUUUGUGGGUGAAAGUGACAAUCGUGGGAUGCCUCUCCCUGACAACAGGAUCUGGGGCCCCGGGGGUUCUGACCUCACUGGCAGAACCCUGCCACGUGGCAUAGAUUUUCCUAUCCGGGGCAUGCAGAUCUAUGAUGGGCCCAUCAACAUGCAGAACUGUACAUUCCGGAAAUACACAGCGUUGGAUGGACGGCACACCAGUGCCUUUGGUUUCAGGCUGAACAACUCGUGGCAGAGCUGCCCCAAUAACAACGUCACCGACAUAAUCUUUGACCACGUACCUCUCACGUCUCGGGUGUUCUUUGGGGAGCCGGGGCCCUGGUUUAAUAAGAUGCAGAUGGACGGGGACAAGACGACCAUCUUCCACGACAUUGACGGCUCGGUCAGCGAGUAUCCCGGAGCCUUCCUGGUCAAAGAGGACAACUGGCUGCUCCGGCACCCCGACUGCAUUGACGUGCCCGACUGGAAGGCUGCUAUCUGCAGCGGCCGCUACGCACAGAUCUACGUCCAGACCCGUAACCCUGCCAACCUGAACAUGCACAUAGUGAAGGAUGAGUACCCGGACCGGCCUCUGACACUGGAGGGCGCCCUGGGGAAGAAGAAGCACUACCAACAGUUCCAGCCGGUGAUCACACUGGCCAAAGGCUACACCAUCCACUGGGACCAGGCGGCGCCGGCCGAGGUCACCAUCUGGCUCAUCAACUUCAACAAAAAUGACUGGAUCAACGUGGGCCUCUGCUACCCACAAGGCACCACUUUCACUGUCAUCUCCGACAUCCACAACCGCCUGACCAAGCAGACCCGCAAAACCGGUGUCUUCACCCGGACCUCGCAGAGGGACAAGAUCCAGCACUCACACCUGGCCAGAGGAUACUACUACUGGGAGGAAGACACCGGGCUGCUCUUCCUGAAGGUGAAGGCCCAUAACGACAGGGAACAGUUUGCCUUCUGCUCUGCCAAGGGCUGUGAGAGGAUGAAGAUCACAGCCGUCAUCCCUAAAGGCAGCCCCCCCAGCGACUGCAUGGCCCAAGCCUACCCCCUGCACUCCGAGAUGCCUGUGGUGGACGUACCCAUGCCCAGAAAGAUACCUAAUCACUCAGCAGAACACUUCCUGGAGGUCAGACUGGAGUCCUACAAUACUCGGUUCUUCCACAUCAAGGAGGACUUUGCCUUCACUGAGGUAAACGGCAGGAAGUUGUACCAACCAGAAGACGGGGUGCAGCUGACAGUGAUCGACGGGCAUGAUGGGAAUGUGGUGGAGAACAAAGGCUUCCGGAACUCCAUCUUACAGGGAAUCCCUGCACAGAUCGACAACUACGUCAGUGGACUGAGAGACGGUUCCAUUGUCCUCAUUACGUCUAAGGGCCGUCUGGUUACCAGAGGAUCCUGGACUAAAGUCCUGGAAAGACUUGGAGCCAACAAAAGCAUCAAAUUGAAAGAUAAGAUGGCAUUUGUGGGCUUCAAGGGCUCCUUCCACCCUGACUGGAUCCAUCUGGAGGUGGACGCCGACCGGGCCAAGAUCCACCAGGUCCUGCCUGUCCCUGUGGUCCACAAGAUGAAGCUAUGAGAGAGAGGCAGGCAGGCAGAGUGGGGAGGACAGCCAAGAGACUAUGUAACCCCUGAGAUACUGACACACAUUACCCGACGCCCCACCCCACCCCGACAAAAAAAAUGCAAUGACACACACGUACACAUACAGUACACACUGCCGGCACUGCAGAGUCAGCUGCUCCAAGCCAUUGUCCAGGAUCAGUGGAGUUUUCUCUAGGUUUGGCAGGGGAAAAGAAUGAUGGAUUUGGUGUGUUGGAAAAAAGGGAAGACCCUCUCCCAGAGCCAUCACUGCCCACAAUGAACUCUCUCUGUGUAGGUAAUCUCAUCAGUAGAGGGUUUAAGGCUGCAUUCAGAUUAGAUCAGGUAGUCCGGCUACCCUGCAGCAGUGGGGGAGUGUCACUUCAGUUCAAUACAUAUUUUUCUCUUACCCGUAGUGAUACUGAUCAGUCUAGAUCAGAGGUCUUCAACAGGGGGGCCGGGACCCCUAGGGGUCUAAACAUAAGUCCAACAUAUUAUUAGCAAAUAUAAAUCAGCCAAUUUGUGAAAAAAAAAACACAAUCAUAGGCUUACUAGCCUAUAGGUA